UCGUUUACCCACAAUGCUCGUCUUCUACUCUGUCCUUCCGACUUCCGCCUCAGCGGUCUGCUACGAUGGCCCCAACCAAGAAAGGUGAAAAGAAGAAAGGACGUUCAGCCAUCAACGAGGUGGUGACCAGAGAGUACACCAUCAAUGUCCACAAGCGUAUCCAUGGAGUGGGUUUCAAGAAGAGGGCUCCCCGUGCCAUCAAAGAAAUCCGCAAGUUCGCCAUGAAGGAGAUGGGAACCCCUGAUGUCCGCAUUGACACUCGUCUCAACAAGGCAGUGUGGAGCAAGGGAGUCAGGAACGUGCCGUACAGAAUACGUGUGCGACUUUCCAGGAAACGUAAUGAGGAUGAGGAUUCCCCCAACAAACUGUACACCCUGGUUACCUAUGUUCCAGUCACCACGUGCAAAGGUCUGCAGACUGUCAAUGUUGAUGAAAAUUAAACAUGUGCGAGCGGAAUAAACACAAUAAAAGUAGUUGUUCUUCUA